AUGGUGUUAACUGUUGUAUUUACCGGUACUUUGAAACUAGACACUCGUGAAGCUCAUGAAGCCAGAGCUCAAAAAAAUGGGUAUAAAGUUGUGAAAUUUGUAAUGAAGUCUACGACUUUCCUCGUAUGUGGAAAAGACGGUGGACAAAUAAUUCAAAAAGCAAAGAGCAUCGGUGGUGUGAGAGUUAUCAGCGAAGAAAAAUGGAUGAAAGUACUUGGAAAUAUGAAAACGGCUAAAGCUGGUUAUAAAAGAGCUAGAAGCGAUAACAAUUCCGAAAAUAGAUAUCAAAAAAAAUUAGUAUAUUUGGAAUCUCACAAAUACAAUAGAUUUUGGCAAAUGAGACGUGUUUACAAGACAACUUAUAUCCGAACGGGUUCGAUCGGUGCAAAAGGAAUGGAGACAAGUAAAGAACAUGAGACCAAGAAGCUUGCCAAGGAUAGUAUGGCUUCGAUGAUUGCGGCUAAAAAGUCAUCUGGAUAUAAAGGCGCUAGAAGACCACAAGAGCUUGAUUAUGAUGACUCAUCUGACUCAUCUGAUGAAAAUGAAAAUGAAAAUGUUCAGGUUUCCUAUUCACCUCAACAUAAACAAAAGAAGCAAAGGACCGAUAUUGAGGAGAAUAAAGAGGAUAGUAGUUAUCAAACUGAUUCUACUUUACGUGAAGAUGACGUUGAACUAAAUGAAACCGAUGUUCAAUUGAUUGAUAUGGGGCAAGAUACCCCCGUCCCCGCCCAAGAUGCUGAAAUUAAAAAGAGCGCCAAUGUUUACUCAUGCAAUUGUCCAGAUUGGAAAAAGGCAACUAAAGAAGAAAAGCGAACCUGCAAACAUUUGAAAAAUUGUUUAGGCGAAAAAUCAGAAAUCAACCGUUUCGAUAAUAAAAAGAUUUUGUCAACACUUCCAAUGUCGAUUAUGAAAGGAAAUUCUGUCGAUGUACUUUUGGCCCAUUCUUGGAAACCUGAUGAAGUUGACCCAACCGGUUGGUGGGUCUCAGAAAAACUUGACGGUGUAAGAGCAUUUUGGAAUUCUAAAAGAGGAAAAUUUUAUUCAAGAAAUGGAAAUGAGUUCGUGGCUCCUUCUUGGUUUACUGAUGGAAUUCCAAGAGACCAAGAUCUCGAUGGAGAACUUUUUGGUGGUAGGGGAACAUUUCAAUCCACAAUAAGUAUUGUGAAAGCUGGAGAUAAAGAAUGGAAGAAUAUAAGUUAUAAGGUUUUUGAUGUUCCAACCUUGGGUCGAAUUCCCUUUGAGGAACGCAUGGACUUUUUGGAAAAGAUGAUCGAGGAAAACAAGCCAAAAUAUGCGAGAUUUGUUAAGCAAAGACUCGUCAAAUCCGAAGCGGAUGUUUACGAUGAACUUGAUCGAGUUGAAAAGUUGGGUGGCGAAGGACUCAUGCUUCGUAAACCAGGAAGUUUAUACGAAGCGGGUCGGUCAAAAACUUUAUUAAAGGUUAAAACUUUCCAUGAUGGUGAAGCUAUUGUUAUAUCUCAUGAACCUGGUAAAGGUAAAUAUUUAAGACAAUGUGGAGCACUUCGAUGUGAGAUGGCUUGCGGAAAAGAAUUUAAAGUUGGUUCAGGAAUGAAUGAUCAUGACCGUGCCAAUCCUCCACCGAUAGGGAGUAUAAUUCUAUAUAGAUGCCAAGAACUCACAAAGGAUGGAUCUCCAAGAUUUCCCGUAUAUCUUGGUGUAGCACUUGAUAAAAAUGGUCCAAUGGAUCCAAAUUUCAGUCAAAAAAUAAAGUGCGUCAUCCUAUAUAAAAUGUCAAAAGUGAACGAAAAACGAAUAAGAGAAAUCGAAUUCUGCUCAGUUCUUCUUAAGGAACUUUAUACAGAAUACAAAUAUUCUUUACUCGGUGAAUGGAUUUUAGAUAAUUCCAUGAGAUCUUAUGUCUCUCGUUAUGAAAAUUAUAAAGCCAAUAAUACAAAAUCUAUAAUUAAAAAUUAUGCCUCACAAUAUGGGUCUUCUAUAGAUAUCGAUGACGAUAACGUUGAGCGAGACGAGAAAAUGCAAACUUCUAAUCACAUGACAAACGCGAUGGGUAGUGAUAAUAAUGAAAAUACAACCGUUGAAUAUAAUAAUGUGAGUGAUGAAGAUAUCGACAUCGAAAAUGCAAGCCAAGUGUCUGUUGAUGAUAAUAAUGUUAGUGAUGAAGAUAUCGACAUCGAAAAUGUAAGCGAAGUAGCUGUUGAUGAGCAUAAUGAGCGUGACGAAGAUAUCGAUAUCGAAAAUGUAAGCGAAAAUGCCGAUUCUCAAAGCGUCGGUGACGACGAACAACUUGAGAAUGAUGGAAAUCUUAAUGAAUUUCAUGAUAUCAAUGAAGAAAUUCCGGAUGAUGGGCCUGUUGAUGACAUAUCAAGAAACAUUAUUGACGCAUUAUUAAAGGAUAAAGUUUUGGAUAAAGUUAAAGAAUCUAGGGAUGAUUUGGCCUUCGAAAUUUUACUAGAAUUGAUAAAUGAGUGUACCUUGGAUGUGGCCUUUGAAGUACAUCGACAAGCCAAGACAGGAAUACUUGUAAAGGAAUUUGUCAAUGCACAAUCUUAUCAGAGCAAAGAUUUCAAUGACUUUUCGAAUUUGAUCUGUGAAGAAGGAUACGAUAUUUACGGUCAAGAUAUCAACGCUUUGAAAUCACAAGCAGCAAAACAGCGUUGUCUAAAUUGUAGCGUAAUGCUUCCAGUUGCAACGUAUGUAAAACAUUUCUCAAAGUGUCUCGGAUUGGUUAAAGGACGCACAGCGACAAGAAAUGUUAAUUAUACAGAGGAACGAAUAGAAAAUUUUUCUGUAUUUGACUUUCCUGGACAUUCUCCGAAUGUUUCCUUUAUAUCAAAUGCGGAAUUUAAUAUUGAACAAGAUUUGAUUGAUGACCGUCACAUGAGAAAUCAUACCUAUGCUAAGAGAAGAACGAUGUUGCCAACUCAGUCUCUGUCGUCGAACACUAAAGAUAAAAUGUCGACAUUAUAA